AUGGAUAGUAACUUUAUUUGGUUACUUUGUUCCUUAGUAUCAGUUAUUUCUUGGGUUAUUUAUAUAACUUAUUAUAAUAGUCGAGUAAUUGGAUAUAUUUUGACAAAAUUGUUAAAUCGGUUUAUUGGAAGAGAUGAAUAUGUUAAAGUUGGAUCAUUUACGUUGUGUGCACUUAGUGGUAAAAUGAUGUUUAGGGAUAUAGCUUAUGUUACAACAGAUUAUACGGUAAGAAUUCAAGAUGGAUAUCUUAUAUUCAGAUGGUGGAGAAGUUAUGUUCCAAAAGAUGUUUCCGAAGAUUUGUCACAUUCCGAUACCCGCCUUUCUGUUAUGCUAAAUGGUUUUGAGUUACAUUGUUAUAAUAGGUGCCAAAUGUAUGCACAAUUAGAAAAAACAUUUGGCCUUACACCACAAAUUUUCUCAGAAGAUAUAAUUCAUACUAGUAACAAUGACGAGCACGAUAUAGAGACUAAGAAGAAAAAAUGUAACAAAAACAGACAACAAUCAACUACUAUAGAUGUAUCACGACAUGUUGAUAAUAUUAGGCGGAAGGAAGCUUAUGUGAUAGCUAGAACAUGGAGAGACUUAAUACCAGUUAUAAAAUUAGACAUUUGUACAGGAAGAUUGGUUUUUGGUAAUUGUUUAGUUCCUACUACGCUAUCAAUAACAGUGGAGGAAGCUCAUUUUGUAUAUUCAACAAAACCAGCAGUAUCACGCCACGAUCAUUUCAUGCAUUUUACAAAGUGUAAAGCUGAAAAUUUUAAAGUUAUUUUGGCUCCAAGUCCUAAAUAUACUGGAAUGGUAGAUGAUCCACCUCGUUAUAUGGGAGAAGGAUUUGUAAUCUUAAGCUCAAAUAAUAUGGAACUUUAUUAUUAUAUGGAUGAACCAGGUGUUGUUCCCGAACACCCAGAAAUGAUUAGAUUAGCGAAUGGAGAUAUGGUUGAAGCUAUGCCACCUAUUUGGGGAAUAGAUAUAAAGUGUGGGAAAGGAACAGACUUUAGUUACGGGCCAUGGGCUGACAGACAAAGGGAACAUUUAUUUAAAUUUUUUUUUCCUAACGAUUAUCAGCCAUUAAAAGUUACAAAGGCUCCAGUACCUGGUGAGAAGCGUCAAGUUCAAUCAUUCGAUGUACGUUUAUCAACGCUUAACGAAGCUACAAUCGAUGUUUUAUUUAGUAAAAAUAAGGAAACAAAUGCUGUUCAUGUGAAUGUUGGUCCUGGUUCAUACUUGGAAAUCACAAUGCCUUGGAUAGUACUACAAAAUGGUUAUACAACUAAAAUUACUGGACAAUUAUUACAUCUCGAGGCGACUACUAGUCUUCAAUAUCGAAGUUUAGUGGAAAGUGAAACAUUAGAGUUUGGCAUUAAGUGUCAUUAUCCUAUAAUAUGGAAUGAUGAUCAGGAAUGGACACUGAAUUUAACUGGCUGCAAAGCCACGGCUAAUUUAGUUUACUCCCAUAAAGAAUUUUUCCAAGAUAUGAUCAGUGACUGGUCUAACAAAUCCAGACCCGAUAUUUUAUACUUUGUACCUUAUAUUUGGAGAUUUAGUUUAUUGUUAAAGGAGUUUGAAAUUAUAACAAUAUGUAAUGAAUUUAAUUGGGUCGAUUGUUCAUCCCAAAAUCAAGAAAAUGCGCACAUUGCUUUUUGCGGAGAAAUUUUUGAUUUAUCUUUUGAUUUACCAUUCAUUGAAUUUUUACCACCUACCAUCCCAUUGCGCUUCUGGAUACAAGGUGAAAGUGUAGAUCUGGCAUUUUAUUUACCCGAAGUUAACACAAAUCGAAAUAUUCUCAUCGCUUUGGAAAAGUAUGCGCGUAUUCAAGGCCGAGAUGGCACUUCAAAGCAUAUGUCAAAUGUUAAUCAAAAUAAAAAGUGGCGAAAUAUAUGUCAAAAGGGAUUGGGCUGGGUAGAUUGUUGGUCUGUUCCAAUUGUGGCUUUAAGUAUAAAUUAUACGUAUCAUCCAUGUCCACCGUCAGGCCCAAAGCCACAGGCGAAUAUUACUACGCCAGAAAAGGAAGAAAUUUUACUAUCUCCCAUGAGGAUACCGCGAUGUAGAAAGUCUCCAGGACUUCAGUGGACUAAAGAAGGCGCUCAGAAAUUUGAUCCACUAACGUUAGAGCCAGACAAAGUUAGCCUUGAAUUGGAAAUAGGACCAUCCGUACUGUUUCUUAACGGAUCUCUUAUAAAGCAUUUUAUACAUCUUAAAGAGAAUAUUUUUGGUGAUUACCAAACAUUUACAGAUAUGCAUCAAACACGAGCUAAUUCAUCAAACAGUAAGAUAGAUAAAAAUAAGGAUCGCGAUAUUCAAAAUAACAGUCUCGAAACAUCAAUUGAAGAUGAUGAUAUCAAAUCUAAGCCAUUUGAUCCUAGAGAGUAUCGGCCAGUGGAAGUAACCGUUGGAAUAACUAUGCAUGACAUCGAAGCACACUUACUAAAAAAUUGUAACAGUAAUGAUCCACCAUGCCCGGUGAUACUUCUUGAACGUUUUGGUUUUGAAAUGAAAAAAGGUUUUCGAGAAACAGAAUUGCAACUUUUACUUUCUCCGGCAAUUUUGCUUCUAUCGGAUAAUGUAUCGAGAUCAAAUAAAGAAAAACAUUUAAAUCAAGGGCAUUUAAUGUUGAGUGCAUUACAACUCCGAGGACAUGCAAUGUUUAGUAAUGAAGGUAGAAGCUUGGAUCAAGAAACAUUAGAAUAUGCUUGGCUAAUUGAAGUUCAACUUGGAAAGUUAAGUGGAAAAAUCACAUCACCUCAAAUGCAUCAUUUAAUAACAUCCUUAGAGACAUUUUUAUUGAUUGCUAAGAAUGCUGAAAAUUGUCUUCGAUCGCCAGGACUACCAAAUCAAUGUCAUCAUGGACUUCCACCUCUGCAGUGUACCGAUAGCGACAUCGACAAGCACUAUAUGUGCCCUAAUUCUGAAGAUAUAAAAUAUAGAAUGACAAGAGUGUCAUUAGAUUCUCUUGAUUUAUAUCUUCAAGAAAGCGGUACUGCUACACAAAUUUGGAUUUCACCGAUUCGUGUGUCUACCUGUAAUUUGCAUGGGCAGCAAGUAAAAGCAGGAGUCACAGGUAUAUUACCUACAGUAUUAAUUCGACAGUUUGUGUCAGCGGCAGAUCAUUUUGCAAAUAAUAGCAACACUACUACUACUGCCAGUGGUAAAUCUCACAAUAAUAAUGGUAGUAGAUUGUCAGGCGAUGGAUUGGAUAUUUGGUUAGAAGUUGGUUCUGUAUCAAUGGGACCUAUUGUAAUCGAGGCUGCUCUUUCUCUUCCAACUCCAGAGCAUAAUUUACAUUUGGUACAGAACAAAUAUUUAAAAACCCACGAUGAAAAAACGCAAAGAUUAUGGUUUUUGUGGAUACAAGAUCCUGCUCCUAAGGUAGCAAAAUGUGGAUGUAUCGGCGGUUGUGCAUUUUUUGGAAACAAUAGAAAUGGAUCGAGAUUCUUUAAGCCAAGUUAUCAUGACUUACAAGAUGGAAUAAAUAUUGCUGCUUAUAGAAUUUUUGAACCAGAAAAAGAAAAAGGUUUUGGACAAUCGAUUUUACACGAAGAUCAAUUAGUAUUUCAUACACCACCUUAUAGUUUACAAGAUGUAACAUUACAAGAUACAUAUCCAUCUACAUUUGUGGGACUAUCGCAUAGAAUGCAUGGUUCCAAAAUUUUUAUCGAAAGAUCAAAAUCUGUCGUUAGCCAGAGUAAAACAUCUGGUGUUGAUGAGAAUGACAGUGCAAAAUUAAGUGUGUCUUCAACAAGUCCAUUUCCUGGAAACAAUAAGAAACCUCUUAGCCGACGUUUUUCAUAUACUUCUAAUCGAGGAAACAAUAUGAAAGAUGUCCCAUAUGCUCGUUUGGUCGAUGCUAGUCCCAUUACACAUUUACCUCCUAAAUUAGAUUCUGAUUCAAAAUUAAAUUCACAACGAAGUAAAUCCAUUCUGAACGUCCCAGAAAUUGAAAGUACACCAAAAAGUAGCGCAUCAGAUUCAAAAUUGUCCGUCGAUUAUUUCAAUAUCCAAGAAACAGUUUCACUUCAACAAAAUUUUAGCCCAUCAACUUUAUCUAGAAAUCUAAUAGACCCAAAUGAAACAGUUCAACCAAUGUUCAGAGAUAAUGAAAUAUUGAAUGUUUCCGAUUCUCAGUAUUCGCUAUAUGGGCAAUCAGAUUCAGAUGAUAAACUUAUUCAAGAGGUCCAGAGAACAGUAUCUAUGUCAUCGGAAAAUCACUCGGAAGCAUUUUAUUCUGCGGAUGAAGAUACAAGUCAUGGAUUAGGAGGUAGUCAAAAUUCUAGUUUACGACAUUCACUCGUUGGAUCUGGUUUAAUAUUAAAUCAUAAUGAAUGUAUAAAAAAGAAGUAUUUAUCGGAUUUGUCGAUUGUUGAAAGUUCCGCUAACGUGUCUCAUGCAGCUGAAGAUAUUCCGGAAAAAGCACACACAUUAGAAAGAGCUAAGCCGCAGUCAUUAAAUUCUCGAAAGAGUCCUCAGCUUCACAGGAAAUCUAAUUUUCAAUCAGAAACCAAUACUAUUGAAAAUGGAUUAUUACAAGAUUCUUCAGAUAGUCAAUCUAUUUCAUCUACGAGUUUUAUAUCAGCUGUUUCAUCACAAGAAGAUAUGACUUUAGUUAAUUUGCACAUGCAAGUAAAUAAACCAAUUAUUGAUUCACCUUUAUUGAUGUCCAGUUAUGUUAGUCAUUUAACUCAGGUACGUUGUAAUAAUUGGCUUACAUCGUCAUUACCAAGUGGUGGUGAUGCUUUUACAACUCCAUUAUUUCAGCGUACAGAAGAUGGAAGACUUUUGUACAUUGGAGGGCGAUAUAUACCGAAAUAUGAUAUCAUUACUGAAGGAUUUACAUCCUUAAAAAUGAUAAAUCGUAAUGAUACUUCACCUAAAGUUUCUUCUUCCAAUAAAACACCAACUCAUCCAUAUUUAUGGGAUAAUUCUACAUUAAUUCAAUCUGAAGAAGAAGUGGAUAACGUUCCAAAUGAUGAAGAAGAACUAUUGACUGUUCAGCAUGAAAGUGGAUCUCGAACUACCGUUAUAAUAAAACUUAAAGGAGACAUUGAUAUUAUGAUAACUCCUUUGGUUCUGGAAUGCCUUCAAAGAUUUAUUGACGCAAUAACGCCAACUUUAUUAACAUUACAUCCUUUAACAAUUCUCAAUCAUCUUCAUAAUGAAUGUAUAGAAAGAGUCGAAGAUGCAAAUAUAUUGAAACAAGAUCAGAGUCUGUCAUAUUGGAGCCAAGUUCAAACCAGUUCCAAACGUUCAACAACAGAGAGAAAUGUAAAAAACGAUGAAGGAAAAAUAGCAUUGCAAACAAGUGUUUACGAAGAAUGUAUAGCCACUCAAAUUCAAGGAAGCAUCAUAUUACCUAAGAUAAAUGUAACUUUAUUGCAAGCUUCGGUUGUAGAAGAAAUUAUAUCUUUUUCUGCUUUGGAUAACAUUCGAGAUUUAACUUGUGUAUCAUUAUUUGCCAUUUGCUUCGAUGAAGUUACAGCAAGAUUUUAUUUAGGAAAACAAGCACGUGAAAUUGUUCAAACUUUUCAUAAACCGGCAGUUUUACCUAAUCAGAAAAAGGUCAAUAAAAUUACUAAAGCAUUUUUAUCAGGACAUCAAAGUACUGGCGUUGUUGCUGAUAUUGGGGGAGGUGAAACUGUAUAUAUUGAAACAUCUGAAAAACAGCAAGAAGAAAUUAUUAUUACUUUAAAUAUAGGAAAAGUUCAUACCCAAUUGAGAAGAUUAAGAAACGAAUCGUCUAUAUUAAAAGAUGCUGUGAUAACCGCCAUACCAUCAUAUUAUUCUAGAGUUUUAUUUACAUGUACAAGGAUUACAUCUCCAUUUAAGUGUGUUGAUUAUUAUCUUCUUCAGCCACCCGAUGAAAAAGAAAAAGAAAAUGUAAAUCCACCACAAGCAACCGAAGAAUUUACUGUAGGAUGUGGAGAGGAUAGAUUAGGUUUUAUUAUGUUUGAAUGUGGAUUAGAAGGAAUUAAGCUUAAAAUUGUUAAGAGAUCACAAUUUGAGAAAGGCGAAAAUGAUCAGAACGAAAAGAAAACUGAAAUGGAAGCUUCAGAUAAGGAUAAUAUUAAUAAAAGUCAGGAUGAACUUAAUAACAUUGCUGUAUCAGUAACGGAAACAAUAGAGCAAGAAUCUUCGCAGGCACCAACGAACAUAAAUAGCUCGAGUCAGCAAGUAAACAGUAGCGCAGUGAGUACGACGACUGCUGUAAAGCCAUUAAGUGGUAAUACAGUGUCCUGUGUAAUUGAGCUUAAGACUGUUUGGUUUAACUUUGCUGCACCACCUCGUACACCUAUUACGCGUAAAAUCGAUUAUACGAGGCUUGAUUGGAACUUGCUUAGUACUGCUUCACCAGCAAUCAACGCGUGGAUGAAUCCGAGCAACAGAUUUGCCAUUCAAAUAGUCCAUAUGUUCCGUUGUAUGUAUCGUAGAUCUACGGCCGUUGUCGCAUGUCUUAUGGCGGAGGCAUUAGACAUGCAAGCAAUACACAUGCCUUUGAAGAGUCGUUAUGCCAGAUUAACUCCACUCGCCAAGACACUGCAAGAAGAUCCUUCGUGUCAACUUUGCAGUAUUCUUCAAAAUUAUAUUUUGUUAUCGAACCUUGAGAAUAUCGAAGCUAAUUUACAUGAAACUGAUUUACCAUCGUUAUCAACUUUAAGACAAGGUGUAAUUGUUUUAAGUAGACAAUGGAAAAAUGUGUUAUAUACUCCUUUACUUCUCGAACACAACUAUAAAACGAAGCAUAUUAAACCAUUAAACGUGGCGUUUGCAGUUUCAGAUCCUGAAGAAGAAAAUUUUAUGACUGACGGAGAAUGUAGCGGCGGAGAUGAUCACGAAGUAACGGAUGAAUGUGCAAUGUUGAUUCACGCGGAUCAUAUGCAUAAGCACAUGCAUUUAAAAAGUGGACAAGAAAAGACAGUAGGUAUGGUGAGUGGUGGUGGUAUCAGUGGUGAGUUAACGGUUCAAGCGAAUUCAUGCGGUGAGAAAGAUACCACUUCCCCAGUAGCGCCAGUUCCAGAUCCGGAUUCACUAACAUCACCCUCUGUACCAUUAGCUCUGCUCAAGGCAGGGAAAUCUUUGCAACCUACACAAAUACCAGCCAGUACUAGAGUCAGUAUCGCCUUUCCACUACUCACCACGACCAGCCUAUUUACUCAAUCCAGAGAACCCAACAGCAUAAGUUACGGCACAUUGAGAGAAGAAAAGACACCACAGAUUUGUAUUUCUCAUCAUCAUCUUGGUUCAAAUCCGAGUAUAUAUUCAGUAGGUUUUGGUCACGGUAGUCAUCAUAGCACUAAUAGUCUCGAUCAAGUCAUAUCGCCACCGACUUAUCACUCAAGCAAACCAAUCAAUCUUGGUGAAGAUCUGUAUAGUUGGAUGGCAAAACAACAGGAAUUUAUUAAGGAUAAUGAAAAAGGACAACUUAAAGGCAACUGGGAUUCAAAAAUUAAUACUAUGACUACAGAAGAUACUGAAGAUUCUGAUGAGCAAAGCGGUGCUUUUCUUUAUACGAUGAAAGAUUCGCUUCGAUUGUUGGAUGCUCACUUAAUUUUUGAACCACUUUUAUCAUCGCUAUCAGUGAUGCCACAACAAAUGCUUUCUGCUAUUAGUUCUGGGAAUAUAAAUAAUGUAUCUUCCUUAGAUUCGUUAGGUUCCAAUUUGUCUCUUGUUAGUAAUAUAGAAACUAUGCGAAUAGAUAUAGUUGUUAGCGAAUAUGGAAAAGCUCCGGAUAAAAAAAAAAAUAACAAAUUUUCUUCUAAAAAAAUGCCAGGAUCUAAGUUUUAUCUAGACAUACCACCCGAAACUCCAGCAUUCCUUUGUGAAAAAAUUAGUAUUGAUAUAGAUAUGAAGAAAAUGGCAGAUUUGAGUGUAGAUGAUAUGAUUCAAAAACAGAAUGUAUUAUACAUAUCAAGAGGUCAAUUGAAGAAACAUACCAGCACUGUUGUUAAUUUUAGUUUAAAUAUUCGAUAUAUUAGUCAACAAGUAAACAUGCCGCUUCUGAGACUAUUACAUCAAAUUAGCAACAUGUAUCAAAAUGUCAAAGACACACAAAUGGAAUUAAAAGAACAACAAUCCGAUACUAAAUUAAAUAGAAAUUCCAUGAUUAAUAAUAGAACAAAAAAUGGAUCUUCAACUUCUGAUAUUCAAGAAAAAUUAUCCAAAAAUGUGAAAAAAGCCGAGAAACCAAUAAUUGGUAUUAAACUCAAUAAUAAUCAGCCUAAGGUAAUAUCUCCAACAUCUAGUAUUCGUUCUAGACCUCAAAGUUUUGCUCAAAAGUUACGAAGUACUGGAAAAAGUGUUAAAGGCUAUAUGAAUUUAAGCGAAGGCAUUAUCACCCCAAAUUUUGGUGCAAGUCCCAGUAGUUCUGGCCUAGAAAAAUUUAGCAUAUUGUCUGAAAAAUGUAAGAACAUUUCUAAUAUAGCACCCAGAUGUUGGAAAACAAUUUAUUAUUUACUGGAUUUAUACGCUAUAAAACCUGAAACAAAAAUGAUUACACAUCGAUUUUCUGUGCCAGUUGAUACUUCAGAUAAUUAUAAAAAUACCAAAAAAUAUGAAAAUUCAAGUGAUAUCAAAGAAACUGAUAUAGAAAAGGGUUUAAACGCAGAGUCUAGUUCUACACCUAUUCCACCACCUCGAGAACUAAGUGUAGUUACAGGUGAAAGAACAAGAUUGAUUAUUUUCGGAGUAGCUAGAAUUCAUCGAACGAGAUUAUUAGCUACGUUAAGUGGACUUAAAUUAGAGGCCGAAAUAACGAGUUUGCAUUCAAGCUUGACAUGUCGAAAGAAAACUCGACCUGCAAGCCUGGAAUGUAGUUUAACUGGUCAAAUUGGAAGAACGAUGAUAGUUCUUAUUGAAGGAGUAGCACCGAGUCAACAAACUGUUGUAAAAGUUACUGUUGGCAAAUCGCAAGCCUUAUAUUCCAGUGUAACUAGAAAGCAAAAAGAUAAGAAUAGCGGUUUAUUAACAGUUGGUGCUGUAAAUAUUGAUAUUCCUCAACACCCCGUUGUUCUACAUGGAAUGAUGACUAGGGGUAGUAAACAAUUAUCAUCAACACUUCAGGAAUUACGAGUAACGAGAACUUCCUCGAGGAUGGCUCGUGGUCAACAACAAGAAGAAUCGGAUGCAAUACCUGGAAGUCCUCAUCAAUACUCUGUAGUACCUGUAGUUGACGUUGACAAACCUCAAGCAGUAUCUAGUCUACUAGAUCCAAUAGUUAUGCAAUUCCAUAUUAUUCUGCAAAGCCUUAGUAUAACAGCAGCAUUAUUACCUUCGUUACAAGCACAGUAUAAAAUGGAUCAAGUGAACAGUUCGGGAAUAACUGGUAGCAAAGCUAAAUUUACAAUUGAUUUGCCACAUCAUAGUCUUAGUUUUACUACUAAACUUCAAGUGACUGAGGCCAAUUUGCCAUCCGAAGCUAGCAUAGAAUUACCAAAAGUUCACGUUUCUGCAGAGUAUAUUCAGGAUGGUGGCAGCAAUUUAAAUGAUAGUAAACUUGCAGAUGGAGUCGUUCUGAGACAAGGAAGUUACCUAAAUGCAGUAGCAGAUAUUGGAAUUUUUGAGCAUUCUUUAACUACAGAUCUUUUAAAUCAUUUAGUCUUCGUGCAGAAAGUUUUUAUGAAGGAGGUAAAUGAAGUUGUGCAAAAAGUAUAUGGUGGUGAAAAACCAGUACCUUUAUGGCUCGAAGAUGAGGAACCUACCACAACUUCGAGUUUAAAAAGAAUUCUGUUUUCUCUUGUUAUUCGCAUAAAAAGAAUUCAACUAACCGCGACAACACCCACAAAUUCAGCGGUUCGUCUUGAGACUGGCGCUUUUGAAUUUCAACUUUCCAAUCGAGUUCAAAACGUUUCUAGAUCAACACAACCAAAUCCUUACAUGAAAUUAUUUGGUAAAGCUCAAGUUGACAUAAAUCUCAGCCUUGGUCAAUUAUUGAAGAAUGUUAUGUUUGAGGAAGCUGAACCAGAAUUUCAGCAAUUUGCAUUUUUUAAUACACGAAUUGGUUUGAGAAAUGCUUUUCAAGAAGAGAUGGCUCAAGGACAAGACAAAGAAGUCGUUUUAAUAACUUUGAAGCGACCAUUAAUUUAUAUUCAACCAAUGGCUGUUGAUAAAGCUAUACUAGUUUGGCUCAAUUACAAAAACGCAUAUGAAUAUUGGAACGAGAAAAGGUCAAACUUAAAUAAAGAAGUAUUGACUGCUACUCAGCAAGUAUUUGAAAAGGUUCCGUUUGGUCAACUAACUAGCCAAUUGAGUGCACCGCAUUUAGGAACAUUAUUUCUACAAUUAACUAUAGAUGACAUGGGUAUUUGUAUUCCAUUAAAUCCAUUACCACCAAAAAAUUGGGGCUUAAGUCGUGGAUUAUAUGAUGGUGAAUCACGGGGUGCUGUUGUUAUAACAUUGGAAAAUACGAGUAUAUCAGCUUGUAGUAGUGGUAGCUUGGUUAGCAAAGGAAGAUUUAUUGGCUUAUGUUUGAGAUUUGCUGAAGAUUUCGAAACUUCCUUAGAUGAUUGGAAGCCAGACAUGAGCGACAAUACUAUUAUGAAUUUAUGUGUCGUUUCAGAAGGUACUUAUGAAGUCUGUAGUAGAACAAUAGCCCAAAAGCAAGAUAAAUCUGCUAAAGUUACUGAAAAUGCCAAAUGGAUACUAAAUGUACAAUGGCAAAUGGAAGGUGUCGAUAUUCAUUUAGAUGUUAGCGUAGGUCAACAGCUUUCUGCGCUCGGACACACAUUAACUAUGCUAACUGGUUCAGAGGAAGAUGAUACUUUUGCAUCUUUAGAUUAUGAUAGCGAUGAUAUGGAUCAACCAGAAAAUAGUACCAGUCAAGAAAGUAUUUUAAUGAAAAAGUCGAAGAAUUGGACCGAUAGUUUACCAGCUUUUGUAUUUGAUCCUUCAUUAGACGCUAAGAAACGCUCUAAAUUAAUUGAAAAGGAAAUGAACGAACAGGCAAAAAUUAUUAAUGAUUUAAGAUCUCUUGGAGCAUCGCAUGGAACGAUUGAGCAAGAAAUGAAAAGAUUGCAUGAGCUAGAGGCUAUGGUUUUCAAGGAUUUUAGACGUGAUAUGAUACAAAAAUUAAGAAGGCAAUCUGUUAAAGCUUCGGGUAUACGAGAAAAGCUUGGUCUUGAAAGAAAAUCAAACACUUACAAGUCAAGGUCUUUUAUUGUACCAUCUCCUACGCCUGAACAUCAAUUAAGAAGCCCAGAAGAUUUAAAUGCAGAAAUGAAUUCAGCUAAUUCUGCUAGCUAUGAAAGCAGUCCUAGGAGUGGUCCAAGUCGAUCUGCAUCGCUUAAAGUUAGGGAAAGCAGUGGACCAAGAGUAACUUUUAGAGAUUCUCAUACAAUGUGCAGACAAUCAUCGUUACCAAGCGCAGGAUCUGAAUUGAGUUUACCGGAGGAUAAUUUAGAUUGGCCUGAUACAAUUGAAAUUGAAGGCGAACAAGUGGAAUUACGAAAAAAAAAUAAAGAUAUGAGUAAUACUUCUAGCUACAAUAGUAUGGAAGGAAAUGUUCCACUUGUUGAUGCUCUCGGUAAGGAUCAAACUUCGACCGCUUCCUCGUCAUAUUUUAUUCAACAAAAACCACAUGAGCCAAAUAUUGAUUUUGAGCUUGACGUGAAGGUUCUGAUUAAUAGUGGAAAAUGUGUGCUGCAUACGAAAGAUCCAGCUAGAGAAGAUGAGUUGAAACUAAUGAGCCGAAUGAAGAAGGAACGAUCAUGCUCUGGUGGGACUUUUGAAUUUCAACCAAGUAGUCCUAGUAGUGGGAGAAAAAAUAUAAACAGCAAAGAAAAAUCAACGACUAGUUCAUCUAGAUUGCGAUAUAUUCAUCAUGCAAAUGUGCCUUUGGUAGAUUUAACGAUAUUUCACAUUCCUGGCUUAGACGUUAAAGUUCACUACGAGUCCAAAACAGUUUCAGAAGAAUCUCUUUCUCCACGCAUAUCAAUUGAUAAUCCACUUUUAAAUUCAUCAAUGAUGUCUAUUGUGAAAAAAUCGAGUACUAAAAAAGCUAGUCUUUUUGCGUGGAUGACACUACAGAGUAUUCCAGAAGAAACUAUCAUAAGUCCACAUAUUCUGGAAUUUUUAGAACAGACCUUAGAACCUAUACCGAGUAAAGCUAACUUUCAAAGCGGUGGCCAAACUAAUAUUGUAUUUCCUUUAGAAAAUAUGGAAAGUUCUUGGGCUGCAACUGCUGCAAGUAGUAAUUACGUUUAUGCGAGCUUCCCCGUCGAUGUCAUUGUUUACUUUCAUAUGCAACCAUCAACAUUCAGAUUUUCUUGUCUACCGGUUUCACGCGUAGAAUGUAUGCUCCAGCUACCAUCGCUGGACAUUGUCUUCUCAUCUAAACGCGCAGAAGAGGAUCUCACGGAAUUUCGCGAAUUUAAAUCCAAUGUUGGGCAUUCCGUAGGUAAAGAAAGUGGUUCAGCUACGGGUGGCCUCUCAGUUACUGGUUGUCUCGCUGACUUCUCGGUGUAUAUUUUUCAUCCAUAUGGCGGUGGUAAAAAAUCUGGCCUUAAAGAGGCCCAAUGGUCUCCAUUGUCGGAUAGCGAGAGAAAGGACUCUCUUAGUAUAAAUGUCGAAUUUGUUAAAUUCCACCUCUCCAGAAGUAGGAAGCAGAAUUUUUCAAAUGAACAAAUGAAAAUUGGCACAGAUACCAGUAGAGCUGUCAUAAGAUUCUCAACCAUUAUAGAUAUCGGUUCAGCGUCAUUUAAGUACGAUAUGCGUAGACUGACGGAAAUUCUCGCAUUUCCGAAAGCCUGGUAUCGACGUAGCAUCGUUCGACGUUUAUUUUUGGGUGAUCUUAGUUCUGGAGUAGCUUACUCCGAAGGCGACUCUAAUCUUUAUAAUCAGGAAGAAGCAGCAAUGGGAAGUUCAUUAUUAAAACAUCACGAUCGUCACGGUGGUGACAUUUUAUCAAAAAAUCUACCCGAGCGCAGUCCGACAUUGAAUCGAGAUAAAUUACGACUUAGCUUUGACAAUGAUGCCCCUAAGCAAAUCCGUCUGAAAGAUAUUGGAAGGGGUUGGAGUUUUACAACUGAUAAGCAAACAUCAGAAAUAAAGUUACGCGAAUCGGCUUGGGAAACUUUAGUACUUUUUGCCGUUAAUUUUACUCGUUUAAAUGUUCAUAUGAAUAUGGGAAAUGUUAUGGGGAAUGUUUCUUGGAUGACCAAAGAUUUUCGAUCAGAUGGAAGAUUAUCGAUUGGAAGUACUGGACAUAAAAAUUUAUAUAUAGGUAUAGGAUUAGGAGGUUCUAGUUUAGAUGCAAAAGGUGGAAUCGUUGGUGGUAUUAUUGAACUUAGUAAGAUCGAUACUUACAUACAUAUUUGCGAAGAACGUGGGACAGAGCCUGACCACACUGUUGGAUUAAAAUUAUUUGCUUUAGAAUUAAGAUUGGAUUAUAUGGGAACAAGUGUACUAAUGUCCAGAGUAUCAUCUUUAGAUGUUACUUUACGCGAUGAAUGGAAAAUUAAUCGUACUAGUAGUGGAGAUGCAUUCAUGCCAACAAGAAGACCAGCUGUAAUAUUUAUGCAUGGUGAUCUUGGCUGGGAUCAAUUACAAAUUAUGAUAAGUAAGUCAACAACAGCUGACUUGCUCAAGAUGUUUUAUAAACUAGAUGAAUUUUUCAGUCAACAAUUCAAGAGCAGUAAACGUGUGUUUAGUUCACUGCAAUCUAGACAGCAAAAAAUAAAUAAUAGUAGUAUGAAAAAAAGGCAUCAAAAGAAACGAACAAAUGUCGAAGGAUCAUGGUCUAUAAAUCAGGCAGCUUUGUCGGAUGCUCGACAUCAUCGACAUUGGCAGCGAGUUUUAUGUGAAGUUGCUGGAUUACAAUUAGGAAGUUUAAGAUUUUCUUUACCAACAAAUGGAACAGUUCUUGGUGGUACAAUGGAGCUACAUGGCUCCAAUAUUAGUUUAGCAUGUUUUCACGGUAUCAAUUUCAAAAGUAAAAGUUGGGCACUAUUUUCAUUAAAAGAGCCCUGUAUUAGUUUUGCUACCGAGGCACAAGAAAUUCCAAGUGUUGACUCACCUAAUACUUGCGAUGUACAUGUCGUUCAAACAUUAACUAUUAGUCUUGGACAACAACAAGAACAACAUGCUAGGCAUCAUUCAAUGGCAACCGUAUGCAGGUUAAGUCGAAGUGUACUUUUUCCUCCACAAUUCAAAUCAUUGCAAGAAUGGUUUCACUAUGCUUUUGCUAAUAGUGAAAUUGAUGCUGUCGACCGUUUUCCUUGUGUUGAAAGAGAAAGGACCGAAAGCACAUCAGAAAAUACUAAUACAUCUCGAGGUAGAAAUUUAUCUACUACUUCUGGAAAAUUACAAGAGCAUUCUCAUACUAGAGAAGUUAUAUUUGCAUUACCAUCUUUGCAAUUGCAUUUAAAAACAGAGCAUUUGCAAACUGCCAAAACACCAAAUGUAAAAGGACUGCCUAAACACAUUCUGUACAGUGAAAAACCACUUGUGGAAUGCAGCUUUAUUACCGAAUUCGAAGACCAUAUAUUUGUUACUGUCGAUGCGGAGGCUUUUUUCUUUCUACACGACCUUAUUACAUCUUAUGUUAAAGAAAAAGAACGCGUGCAUGCAAUGCAAAAUUACGGUGCAAGAGCACAUAGUCCUGAUCCCAACGAAAAGAAAGGUACAAAUCAAUCCAGUACGUCAUCCGCGACUACCGUGACUUCUGAAGAAGAUAAAAAACGUAAACAAUUCGAUCCUGCAGAUAUGUUCAUUAAAGAUUGGCGAUCUUACAGAUGUAAGACUUGGCACUUGGAACCAACUGUAAGACUUCUCUCAUGGGCUGGCAAGAGCAUAGAACCUUAUGGCAUUGACUACAUAUUACAGAAAUUAGGAUUCUCACACGCUCGUACCACUAUUCCUAAAUGGAUUCAACGGGGAUUUAUGGAUCCUUUGGAUAAAGUACUUGCUGUUCUUAUGUUAAGAAUGGUAUUAGCUGUACGUGAAGAAAUUCCAGAUGAAAAAGAAUAUAAAAAAGAAAAAUAAUUUUUCAUGUAAAAAGAUGGCAUU